UGCCUAACGGGUUUGUUUGAAUCUCAUUCAGCCACGGCGGCCGCACCCGCAACAAGCAUGCACGGACCCCCAGCAAACAUGUUCGAUACCGUCCCUGGAUAUGAAGGAACAGUGGCUGGCGGAGGCGGUGGGUAUCUUCCACCUCCAAUGCCAUCUGUACCGAUGCCUGUGCCUGAACAGGCCCCCAGCCCACCAGACUGGCAUAUACCCUCCAUCUCAGAGGACAGGGCACGUGAAGCUUUCGCAACCUAUGUCUCCAGCAAGUGCUGCUAUAGUUCUGCCCCCGUCAGAGAGGGAGUCAUAACCAAUAUGGAGUCUUUUAAUACCUACAGGUAUCGUUUGGAGACGUUCAUGGAGUCCAGAUCUACUGAAUGGAGUCAGGAGCCUUACACAGGUCAGCCUGUGGAUGCUGGUGUUCAACCUGCUCCAGGUCCGUGGCAGAUUGCAGCUCAACCUCCGGCCUUCUUUCAAGAGCACAAGCAGACCAUUAAAGUGCCCUAUACUUCCUCAGUCAAGAACUGUCACUUGUGUCUGGGAAUGGGAAGAAACCCCUGUACCACCUGUGCUGGAGCUGGAAAUAAAGUCUGUUGGGUGUGUAAUGGUUCUGGUUACCGUCAUUCUGAUGACCGCUGCACGCACUGCAAUGGGCGCGGACGUGAAAACUGUAGUUCAUGUAGCAGCAGCGGCUCUUGCCAGUGUGACACCUGCCGUGGAAAGAGACAGCUGCUCGUCUUCAUCAACCUCAAUGUUAAAUGGAGCAUAGAGAAGGAUGAAUUCGUAGCGCAAGAUUCAAGUGGUCUGAGAGUGGAAAAACUGGAGGAGGUUUCAGGGAAGGAGCUCUUCAAAGACGCCCAGAAUAUGGUCUAUCCAGUGAGGGGCUUUCCUGAUGUUUCUGUUGCACAAGCUUCUGAGCGCUUUGUAAGAGACCAUCAGGUGAAAUAUGCCCAAACAUCUCGCAUGUUACAACAGAGGCAGACAAUCGAGCUCAUUGCCAUAACCAAAGUGAACUACAUGUGGAAAGGAAAGCCUAAUGUUUACUAUGUGUAUGGAAAUGAGUUUAAAGUGAACGCUGAUGACUAUCCCGCCACCUGCUGCUGUUCUGUCAUGUAACAUCAAAUACACCUGACCUGAUGUACGGUAUAAUAUAAAUGCUGUAUAUCUGUUAAGAUGAACAAAUGUAAUGUGUCUUUUGCCUAUACACCCCAGAAUCAUGACAUCUGUAGCUGACAGACACAAAACUCAACCUGUCCGAAUGGGGCAUUGUUUAUGCAGCUUAACCAUGUACACUGUAUGUAACAUUUUAUGUCACCUGACUCAAUAUAACCAAAUGUGAAUUACUAAACCUCUUGUAGAUGCAUUUUUUCAGAAGCCCUAACUAUUGAAGAAUAUUAAGUAUAGUCUAUAGUAAAUCUAUAAACAAAAACAAUGUAUUGAGAUUAAGAAAGAGUCCAAAUAAACUGAGUUUUAAGAAAAGA